AUGCCCACCUACACACGCAAACACACAGCCUCAUCCCCAAGGAGAUUCACCCACUGUUCCCAUGGCAUCCGUUCACUUUGCUCCCAAGUGAUAGUGUGUGUACCGCAUUACGUCUGCGUGCUGCCAGCCUCACACACUGAGAUAAUGUGUAUCUUUUCAUAUUCACAGGCCAACCCUCCCCCCAUCAUCGUCAACGCAGACUCACUAGAUGCAGGCCCUUAUGUAAAUGGCAGUGAUGGGAUGUAUAAAUAUGAAGAGAUCAUUCUAGAGAGGGGGAACUCUGGCCUGGGCUUUAGCAUUGCUGGAGGAAUAGACAAUCCCCACAUUCCUGAUGAUCCGGGGAUCUUCAUCACCAAGAUCAUCCCAGGAGGAGCAGCUGCUAUGGAUGGAAGGCUGGGGGUGAAUGACUGUGUGCUGCGGGUGAACGAUGUGGACGUGUCUGAGGUGGUUCACAGUCGGGCAGUGGAAGCCCUGAAGGAGGCAGGGCCCGUGGUGAGGCUGCUGGUCCGACGGAGGCAGGCACCACCCGAGACGAUUCUGGAGGUCAACCUGCUGAAAGGACCCAAAGGGCUUGGAUUCAGUAUCGCCGGAGGGAUCGGCAACCAACAUAUCCCAGGAGACAACAGCAUCUAUAUUACCAAGAUCAUAGAGGGAGGAGCUGCCCAGAAAGAUGGACGGCUGCAGACUGGAGACCGCCUGCUAGCUGUGAACAACAUCGUGCUACAGGAUGUGCGUCAUGAGGAGGCAGUGGCUGCGCUGAAGAACACCUCUGAUAUGGUUUACCUCAAGGUGGCCAAGCCUGGGCCUGUGCAUCUCAAUGACAUGUACGCCCCUCCAGACUACUCCAGCAGCCUGGCCCUCCCUCCAGCCUUCCCCACCAUGGCGGACAACCACGUCAGCCACAACUACAUGGGGGCGAUGGAGCCCAAGCCAGUGUACCCGCCACCCCAGGUCACCCCGUCCAGGUACUCGCCAGUUCCCCGUCAUAUGCUGGGGGAGGAAGACUUCACGAGCAGGGCUGAACCUAUUUACAGUGUCAUCCACAAACCUGGGGACAUGAAGGUGCCCCAGGCCCUCUACAGAGGCUUCUGUCCUUCCCCUGCUCCCUUGUGCCAAGGUCCACUCCCCUUCUCUGGCAGGGAGCCGAGGAAGGUGUUGCUGCACAAGGGCUCCACAGGCCUGGGCUUCAACAUCGUCGGCGGAGAAGAUGGAGAAGGCAUCUUCGUCUCCUUUAUCCUGGCGGGAGGGCCAGCUGACCUGAGUGGCGAGCUGAGGAGGGGCGACCGGAUUCUAUCGGUGAAUGGAGUGAACCUAAGAAACGCCACACAUGAGCAGGCGGCUGCAGCACUGAAGAGAGCUGGUCAGACUGUUACCAUCAUAGCUCAGUACAGGCCUGAAGAGUAUAGUCGCUUCGAGUCCAAGAUCCACGACCUGAGGGAGCAGAUGAUGAAUAGCAGCAUGAGCUCUGGAUCAGGCUCCCUUCGCACCAGUGAGAAACGCUCCCUCUAUGUCAGAGCUUUGUUUGACUACGAUCGAACGAGGGACAGCUGCCUGCCCAGCCAAGGACUGAGCUUCUCUUAUGGGGACAUCCUCCAUGUCAUAAAUGCUUCUGACGACGAGUGGUGGCAGGCGAGGCUGGUCACACCACAUGGAGAGAGCGAGCAGAUCGGGGUCAUUCCCAGCAAGAAAAGAGUGGAGAAGAAAGAGCGGGCCAGGUUAAAAACAGUCAAGUUCCACGCCAGGACAGGCAUGAUUGACUCCAACAGGCCAGUCAAAGUAAAGCGCAAAAAAAGCUUCAACCUCUCACGCAAGUUCCCGUUUUACAAGAGCAAGGAGAAUAUUGUGCAGGAGUUGGUGGAGUCUGAACAAUGCCUGACAUCCAACACAAGUGACAGUGAAAGCAGUUCGAAGGGCCAGGAGGACACGAUUCUUUCCUAUGAGCCAGUCAUUCGACAGGAAAUUCACUACACAAGGCCUGUGAUCAUACUGGGUCCAAUGAAGGACAGAGUAAAUGAUGACCUCAUCUCUGAGUUCCCCCACAAGUUUGGCUCCUGUGUACCCCAUACGACUCGUCCAAGGCGAGAGAACGAGAUGGACGGCCAAGACUACCACUUUGUGGGCUCGCGAGAGCAAAUGGAGAAAGACAUUCAGGAUAAUAAAUUCAUUGAGGCUGGCCAGUUCAAUGAGAACCUCUAUGGGACGAGCAUCUUGUCUGUCAGAACUGUGGCUGAGAGGGGGAAGCACUGCAUCCUGGACGUGUCCGGCAAUGCCAUAAAACGACUGCAGCAAGCACAACUUUAUCCGAUCGCCAUCUUUAUUAAACCAAAAUCCAUUGAAGCCCUAAUGGAAAUGAAUAAGAGGCAGACGUACGAGCAGGCCAAUAAAGUCUUUGACAAGGCAGUUAAGCUGGAGCAAGACUUUGGAGAGUAUUUCACAGCUAUUGUACAGGGUGACUCACUAGAGGAGAUCUACAACAAAAUCAAGCUAAUCAUCGAGGAGCAGUCUGGUCCCUACAUCUGGAUCCCCUCCUCAGAGAAGCUCUGAGCUCCCUGCCGUCCCCUCUGCGUCGGUGCAGAGCUCCCCUCCUGCCUCCCAGAGACCCCACCCAAGUCCAAAUAGCCCCCCCCCCCCCCC